CUUUAAAUUUUAUGCUUUUAGAUUUAUGGAGGGAUGAGAGGGAUGAAAGGUUUGGUUACAGAAACUUCACAUCUUGAUCCAGAAGAAGGCAUAAGGUUUCGUAAUUAUUCUAUUCCUGAAAUUAGAAACUUACUUCCAAAAGCUCCAGGUGGUGAAGAACCAUUACCUGAAGGAUUAUAUUGGUUAUUACUUACAGGAGACAUUCCUACUCCAGAACAGGUGAAACAUCUUUCCCAAGAAUGGGCAAAAAAUGCUGCACUUCCAUCUCAUGUUGCAUCUACUUUGAAUAAUUUUCCAUCUAAUCUCCAUCCAAUGUCACAGUUUAGUGCUGCAAUAACUGCCUGUAAUACUGAAAGUAAAUUUGCAAAAGCAUAUAGUGAAGGUGCAAAGAAGACAACAUAUUGGGAGUAUAUCUUUGAUGAUGCCACAAAUUUAAUUGCAAAGUUGACACCAAUGGCUGCAACUAUUUAUCGUAAUUUAUAUAGAGAUGGUAGCAGUAUCGGUGCCAUUGAUGUCAACAAAGAUUGGUCUGCAAAUUUUACAGCAAUGUUGGGUUACGAUAAUCCAAUUUUCACUGAAUUAAUGCGAUUAUACCUUACAAUACAUAGUGAUCAUGAGGGUGGCAAUGUUAGUGCUCACACAACUCAUUUAGUAGGAAGUGCUUUGUCGGAUCCUUAUUUAUCAUUUGCAGCUGGAAUAAAUGGUUUGGCUGGACCACUUCAUGGUUUAGCAAAUCAAGUUAGUUGAAAUAUUCCAAUUUUAG